AUGAGCCAGCUAAGUGCUGCUGGCCAAAAAAGGUCACCAUCCCAUCCUAUCGUCAAGUAUCUCAUCAACGGGGUUACCAAACCGUCAUUUAAAGCAUUCAUAUAUGCAUAUCUCUACUUGGUUUUGCCAAAAAUCCUUGGACGAGUUAUCAGUGCUUUCAAAAAACACCAGUAUGGCAAAAUAUUACCACGUGUAAAAAAGACGCUUGUCAAUGCAUUGCACCCAAGAAAGUUCCCCAUAUUUGCGGCGAGUUUGGUUGCGGGAAUCAACAUACUUGAACCUAUAAUUUAUGGAUUGUUAAAAAGGAAUAAAAUUCUUUUCAAGACACCAACGUCAAGGAUAUUUUUAUCAACGUUGGUGUCAACCUUGGCCUCAGCAUUAGUGACGUUUCCAUUAUAUCAAAAUCACAUUGUUGCCCGGGAAAGAUACAAUUCUUUGGACUUGACGUUAUUAGUUGCUACCAGAGCAAUGGACACUGCAUUUUCAUCGACAUUAUCAAAAAUUACACCCCCGGGUAUUGCAAAGUACGGAGAUGGUAUGUUGUUUGUUGUUAGCUGCACACUUAUCAUGUUCUGUUGGUUUUUCUACCCUGAAAGAUUACCACCGCUGUAUGGUAAGUGGAUCACAUCGGCUGCAAAUAUGGAUCCUGACUUUAUUGAAGUUUUGAGAUUGGUAAGAAACAAAAAGUUGAUAUAUGGAGAGCACGGUCCUUACGAAGAUUAUUUGCGUCCAUACUUUGAGAAAUAUGGUCGAGACCCCAAGGGUGGUAACACUUUUUCAAAUCAACCAAUAGCGUGUGAAGCAGUUCAUGCAUUCAAGUGCAAAAGUUGUGAAAUACACGCACUAUGGCGCUUUUGGAGAGGGUUCAAGUUUGCAAUGACAGUUUACACUCCUUUGAAUUUGUUGAUGUUGUUAUUUAAACUGAAAGUUAAGAUAUCACGUAGAUUGGUUCGUGCCAUAAAGUCAUCAAUACGUUCAUCCUGUUUUUUGGGCGCUUAUAUAGGUUUCUAUUGGUAUGCCGUUUGUCUUGCGAGAACCAGAUUAUUUCCUAAAUUGUUUCCAAAUAUCCCAAGAACGCGGUUCGAUGACACCAUAUGCCCUACUGCGGGAGCUGUUAUGUGCGGGUUUUCAUCAUUUAUUGAAACACCACAAAGAAGAAAAGAAUUGGCCCUUUUUGUAGCACCAAGAGGUUUAGGAACUUUGAUUCCGUCAGAACCUUCAAAGGAAAACUUGAGAAUCGAAAGCAUAAUUUUUUCAAUAAGUUUAGCUAUAUUAGUUGCCUAUUCAAAGAACAAAACAUCAAGUGUUCGAGGAAUUUUCGGUAAAGGUCUUGAACAAGUUUUCCACAUAAAAAGCUACACUUGA